AUGAAAAUCACACUUUCAUCACCAGUGUCCCUUCUCUGGGCCCUGGUGGCAUCCGCCGUUUCCCUACCCGCUCGAUCCAAUUCUUGGCAGCUAUUAGCUCCCAUCCCACUGGGUCCUCAGCAGGAAGAGAGCGUCGCAUCGAUCGGCAGCGACAUUUACAUCGUCGGCGGCAUCAACCUAGUCCCCGCAAACCGCACCACCAUACCCUCCGUGAGCUACAUGCAGGUCUACUCGACGGCCGCCAACACCUGGCGCCGCGUGGCCGACAUCCCCACGCCCGUCAACCACGCCAACAUGGCCUCCCUCGGCGGCAAGCUCUUCGUCCUCGGCGCCAUCGCCGGCCAGGGGGUCAACUACCCCAUCGCCAACAGCUACGCCUACGACCCGGCCACAGACGCCUGGUCGGCCCUGCCGCCGAUGCCCGCCGGCACCGAGCGCGGCGCCUCGGCCGUCGGCGUCUGGGGCGACAACAUCGUCAUCGCCGGCGGGCUCAACUACACCAACUUCCUCAACAGCGCGCAGACCACGGUGCCGUGGACGUCCAUGUUCAACACCCGCACGCUGCAGUGGGACACGGCGUUCCCCGACCUGCCGGACGGCGGGCGUGACCACUGCGGCGGCGUGGUGCUGGGCAACACGUUUUACGUGGUCGGCGGGCGCGUGAGCGGCGAGAAGAACGUCCGCGGGACGGUCCUGGCCAUGGACCUGAGCAAGGCGAAGCGGGAGUGGGUGGAGCUCAAGGGCAAGAUGCCCACGCCGAGGGGGUCCAUCUCUACGGCUCUGGUGAACGGCAAGGUCUACACGUUUGGAGGGGAGGGGAAUCCGGUGGGGAACGGCAUUUUUGAUAAUGUGGAGGUUUACGACGUCAAGUCUGACAGCUGGCAGGUUCUGCCGCCCAUGCCGAGGCCGCGUCACGGAACUGCCGCUGCUGUUGUGGACGGUCGCAUCUAUAUUCCUGGGGGUGCGGAUAAAGGAGGGGCCGGCGCUGUCGAUACUAACCAAAUGUUUAUUCCUUGA